GUUAAUCAACUCUAUGGGAUCUUGUCCUGAUCGAUUAGAAAAAUCAUCAUGUGACGAAAUGACCACUUGGUACCAGAGAAGUUCCAGCGUUUCUCUAAGAUUUUUUUUUCUCUAUUCAAAAUCAUGACUCUUUAUGUACUGCUCGUUUUCUUUGUUGACAAAAACGUGGUUUUGUACGUAAUAUUUUGUUUGUGUUCUGUCGUUGAUGCAACCUACAUUUUUAUAUUGGCAAGAAGAAAAUCUACUUUUUCUUUAAUCUAGCGUCUGUUCUCGUUCGCCCUAAGAAAAUAAGAGAAAAAGCUAAAAGUGGGUAUAUGUUUGUGCACGUAUAAAAGAGAGCGAGCGGGAUAUAUAAGUGUGUGUUUGCUUAGAUAAAUGACGAUGACACUAUCAUUAUCAUACUUGUUGUCAACCAAAACACCUUUUUUUUGUUCAGGUCUUUUCUCUUAUUUUUCAGAUGUCAUCGACUGAUUGAAUAGCUUCGAAUGUUGAAGCUAAAUAUACUCAAAUCUUUAUCAACAAUGCAUGGCAUAAAGCAACAAAUGAAAAAACAUUUUCUGUCAUCAAUCCAAAUACAGGAAAAGAAAUUUGUCAAGUAGAAGAAGGCACUAGAGUAUGAAUCUCUAUGUUCCUCAUUGGUUCAUCAUCUAUUGUGAUUUUUAAGCUAAUGUUGAUAUAAAAUAGUUGAAGGUGUUCAAACAGCUUUUGAUAUUGAAUCACCAUGGCAUAAAUUAGAUCCUGUUUCUUUCUCUCAACAUAAGUCAAUAUGUAGAAAGUGGAAACACUUAACAAUGGUAAACUAGUAGAACAGACUAAAGGUGAAAUAUUUUUCUCAGUUGAUUGUAUUGAUUAUUGUAUAUAUAUAUAUAUAUCUGAUUCUUGUAUUGUAAAGAUAAUAUUUAAUGAAAAUAUAGAUGCUGAAUGAGUUGGUAAAAUUAUUGGUGAAACCAUUCCUGGAUCGAAUGAUCAGUUUAUAUAUACUUGACAUGAACCAAUUGGUGUUUGUGGACAAAUCAUUCCGUGAUAAAUUUCAUUUUCGAUUCUAUAGAAAUAAACUCGACUUCUUUUGCAGGAAUUCACCUAUAUGUGUUUUGUUCUUUUAUAAGACGGAUAUAACUUCUUUCAUUAAAUUUAGAUUCUGAUGUUAGCUUGGAAACUAGGGCCAGCAUUAGCAUGUGGUAAGUGAAGAUGUUAUUUUUUCGUGUGAAUUUUUACCAAAGUUUUAAAUAGGUAAUGUGAUUGUAUUGAAACCAACUGAACAAACACCGCUUAAUGCACUUUAUUGUGCUACUCUUAUCAAAGAGAUAAGAUAUUAUCAUGUCGAUUAUACUUUGUUGUUGUCAUGAUGAUCUAGACUGGCUUUCCACCAGAUGUUGUCAACAUCAUACCAGGUGAUGGGCCUGAAUGUGGUUAUGCAAUUAGUGUUCAUGCACAUAUUGGUAAAGUAGCUUGUGCUGGUUCAGUUGAAAAAAUACAAGAAACAGCAACUAAAUCAAAUCUUAAAUGUGUUACAUUUGAACUUGGUCAACUUUCAAAUAAUCAAAUUGAUUCUAAUACUGAACAAGAAUCACAAAUAAAUGAUAGUCAAUUUCAAUAG